GAUAUGGAGAAAUAUUCCUAUCGAGAAAUAGCUGAAUUGUUUCAUGAACCACUGGAAAAUAUAACAACGGUUUGCCAGGACAUCGGGGUUAACGCCAUUAUCAGGCACGACAAGUGGACCUUACUUCAUGUGGCAUCGGCUCAGAACAGACCAGAUAUAACUGAAUACCUCAUAAGUAUGGGAAACGAUGUAAAUGCUCUUGACAAGGAGGGUAAGUCGCCUUUAUAUUAUUGCCGAUCUGAGGAGGCUGCAAAAAUGCUUCUUAACGCCGGUGCUGAGGUAAAUCACCGCAGCAUUUUAGGUAAGACACCCUUACAACAUGCUUGCAUAUCAAAUGCCUCCCCUGAGGCAGUGAAAGUACUCUUGCAAUCUGGUGCACGAGUUAAUGCUGAAGACAACUUUGGUGACACGCCUUUCUUGUAUGCUUGUGGCAUGGCCUACGGGUGUAUAGAUGAAGAAGAAUAUGCAGAAAAUCUGCCAAAAAUAAACAUUUUGAUUGAACAUGGCGCAGAUGUUCAUCACACCAAUUCAAAGGGCGUAAACGGAUUGCACAUCUGCAGCUCAUAUCACGCUUACGAAAUAGCUGAAGUCCUGUUGAAGCUUGGUGUCAUUGUUAAUACCCUGAACAAAAAACAUCAGACACCUUUGAUGAUGGCUUGUUCCAAGAAAACGCCUCAACUCCGCAGCGAGAAUGCGCUCUUGGUUACCUUGGUACUUCUGUUGGAGUAUGGUGCAGAUCCUGCGAUAUCAGACGAUCAAGGAAUGACACCUUUACAUGUGCUGAUGCUACAUAACCGCAGCUCCUUAGCGUCAAAAGUUGAGGUUGCAUCAUCCGUGGAGGUCCUACUCAAGCAUGGAGCAUCUUUGAAUUCUGUUGACAAAAUGCUUCGCACUCCUGUACAUUAUGUAAGUUAUGAGGCUGAUGUUCAUAGAUGGACAGAAAUGCUGGAGCAGUUAAUAAUGCUCGGAGGAGACGUGAAUGCAAAAGACGCGGAAGGGUUUACAGCUGUUCACGUCACUGCAACAUGUCAACAAAGUCAAAUGACGGGAUUUCAGUUGCCCUGGGACUGCAUUUGCGAAAAUGAGAAAGUGCUGCAGGAGAUCGAUUGGAACAGCGCUCGAAAACAAGGGGUGACAGUGGCGCAUAUGGUUUUCGCGAACAGAGGACUGCGGCUCGGAGGUUUGGAAGUGCCUUGGAACGUCAAUGGUCGUGACGAUUUUAUGUCAACGCCACUGCAUUAUGCAGAAUUCUCAAAUAACACUGCCGUGAUCAUGUAUUUGGAAGUCUCACUUGCGACAACCGAUGUCACUUUAAGAAACUGUCUGGAUGAAAGUCCCAUGAGUUGUGCACUUUCGGCUCUCAAUCAAGAAAUGGUGGAGUCACUUAGGAAUUACGAAAGAAGUUCGACAUCUCAGCACGAGAGAAGAGUGCCAGAUAGUUCAUGUAGACUAUGCGCCUUCUUUGCCCUCGAGGAAGGUGAGGCUAACCCCAAUCUACCAUUUAGGAAGAGAGAAGAAUCUAUUUCAAUUGAUGCAGCAGAAGUGCAAAUCAAUCCUGUGAGAAAUAUGGAAGAAUACUUGUCCCAUAUUCUUCAUACACCAAGGAUCGGUAAAGUAGCGCUUCACGAUGCUGAGGUGGUCCAGAUAUGCAAAGAAACAGAAAACCUGAUAGUGGAGAUUCUUCGGAGAGUCGCAGACCGUGAUCAGCGUUUCCGUUCAACAGUGAUAAUGUCUGGUAGUGUUCGAGAGCAAACUAAAACUGGUCUACCUGAUGAGUUCGACUUUAUGUGCAGUCUUGAAGAAUUCAGCUCCUCUUUUGAGGUGGUCGACGAUGAUUCAUGCUGUCCUGGCUUUGUACGUCUGAAAAGAAGUAGCGACAAUGCGAAUAUCGACGAAUUUUUUGACGCUGACGGAAAUCUCGUGCCAUAUUUGGUCAGAUCAAAGUUCGAGGAAACUGUAAGGUUGGUGAUGUUUGAUUCCAGCCUGUGGAGUUGUUGCAGGAUUUGCUCAAACUUCGUUCUUCCCAGCUCCAAUACAGGUAUUGUCCGUCCAAAGCCAUCAAUCAUCAUUGAACUCUGCUGGAAUGGCCCAGUGUACAAGAAUAUGUUAUAUUCAGUCGACCUCGUGCCAGUAAUAGAUGCCGGGGUGUUUUGGCCCAGGGGUGCAAUUCCACAAAGUUCUGUGCUAGAAGACAUUCCAAAACGGUGCCUUUUUGCGAUGACCAUUCCGCGCUUUGAGCAUGGCAUUUAUGGCAAUGAAGUAAGAAUAUCUUUUUCACUUAUGGAAAGCAAGGUAUUUGACAAGCUUCCUGAAGUCGUCAAGGAUGCUUACAUCACAGCGAAGGCUAUUCGGGAUGUUUGUCCAGCAUUAAUAGACAGCCAAGAAUAUUUUUAUGAUGAAGCAAAUUUCAAAGCUCAAUCUUUAAUUUGCUCAUUUUGGCUCAAGAUGGCCUUGUUUUAUGAGUUAGAGAAGCAUGGCCUGGAUGACAGGAGCAGUCUAACCGAAUGGAUCCGAAGAAUUUACGGGAGAAUACACAAGUGUAUCUGUGAAGAUAAAGCCUUUCCAUCCUUCAUUAUUCCACAACAAGACCUCCUUUUCUCCAAAUUUUACGUAAAAGGCAAGAACCUUUCCACUGCUGCUAAGAAGCUAGAAAAGGAGUUAGCGGCUCUCCAAAAAAUGUGUCAGAUUAUUCAUCGAUUCUUAUCGAGCGACGGCUAAGCUGUUGUUCGUGUGAAGUAACCUAUAUUUGACUUUAAAACGAGGCGAAUAGUGUGAACUGUUUGAUGACAUUUCAUGGAACGUCUUCUUCUCCCAGAAUGACGGUGUUGUAUCUGUUUCAUUCUCCCUCGCCAAAUUCGUACGGAUGAAGAACAGUUUUCUUCAUAUUCUGACAGAAACUGGAUAAAAAGUGACAC